AUGGAGAAAACUCACGACAGUGAAGCUCUUCCAAACAGCAAGCCUUCCACCGAAGAGGACAUUAUUGAUGAGCUAAAAUUGAGAUCAAAGAAGUAUCUCAGAGGAGAAGGUGCUAAUUUGAAGGGUUUAAAGGAUAAAAAGCUUAGGAGUCAGUUAGUUGCUAGAGAGAAAUUAUAUGGAGAAUCUGCGAAAGCCGCUGCCAAGGCUGAGAAAUGGAUUUUGCCUAGUGAUCAAGGUUAUUUGGAGGCUGAAGGCAUAGAAAAGACGUAUAGGAUCAAGCAGGAGACAAUAGCCCGUGAAGUCGAUAUUUUAAGCUCAAGGAACCAAUAUGAUAUUACUUUACCAGAGCUUGGUCCAUAUACUCUAGACUUUACUUCAAGUGGCAGGCAUAUGGCCGUUGGUGGUCGUAAGGGCCACCUAGCAAUUGUGGACAUGAUGAAUCUGAGCCUGAUCAGAGAGCUUCAGGUAAGAGAAACUGUGCGUGAUGUGGCAUUCUUACAUAAUGAGCUCUACUUUGCUGCUGCCCAGAAAAAGUAUCCAUACAUAUAUAAUAUUGAUGGCACAGAGCUUCACUGCCUAAAGGAACAUGGUUCAGUGUUGAGGCUGCAGUUUCUGAAACACCAUCUUCUCCUGGCUUCUACCAACAAAUUUGGGAUGCUUCUUUAUCAGGAUGUUACAAAGGGUGAUUUAGCUGGGAAAUAUCGAACUGGUUUAGGACGUACAAAUGUGAUGGAAGUAAACCCUUACAAUUCGGUUGUUUCUUUAGGUCACUCAGCCGGCACAGUUACUAUGUGGAAGCCAACUAGUUCUUCUCCUCUUGUCAAGAUACUAUGUCAUCAUGGGCCAGUCUCGGCACUGGCAUUUCACCCAAAUGGCCACAUAAUGGCCACAGCUGGGAAAGAUAAAAAAAUUAAACUUUGGGACUUGAGGAAGUAUGAGGCUUUUCAAACAUUACCAGGCCAUGCUAAUAGUUUGGAGUUUAGUCAAAAAGGCUUGCUUGCUUGUGGUAACGGUUCAUAUAUCCAGGUUCUUAGGGAUGUUUCUGGUGCACAGAACUAUUCAAGGUACAUGACUCAUUCAAUGGUAAAGGGUUAUCAGAUAGGGAAGUUAGCUUUCCGACCAUACGAAGAUGUUUUAGGCAUAGGACAUUCGAUGGGUUGGUCUAGUAUUCUUAUUCCAGGAGCAGGAGAACCCAACUUUGAUUCAUGGGUUGCGAAUCCAUUCGAAACACCUAAACAGAGAAGAGAAAAGGAAGUAAAGUCUUGUAUUGAUAAGCUUCAUCCUGAGACAAUCAUGCUAGAUCCCAGCAAGAUCGGUACUGUGAAAUUUACGAAAAAAGAGAAGCCAACUUUGGAAGAGAUUGAUGCUGACAUGGAAGCUGCUGUUGAAGCUGUCAAGGGCAAGAAACUGAAAAAGAAAACAAAAGGAAGAAGUAAGGCAGGUAAAAUAAUGCCGAAAAAGCAAGAUGCAAUUGCCACUGCAAAGAGGCCUUACUUGGAGCAGAAAAUUCAAGAAGAGAAAAACAUAUCUAGUAAGAAACAGAAAAUUAAUGAGGGAGUUGAACUACCAAAAUCUUUACAGCGGUUUGCUCAUAAGAAACCAUCAUCAUAA